AUGAAGCCGAGAGUCCUCCCCUCCUUUGUCAGCCUCCUCCUUGUGGCCCUGUUGUUUCCAGCAGGGCUGCCUAGUGCCUCUUCUGUUCACCACUUGGCCACUGAACUUCCCAGUUUCCCCAACGAAGAAUUUCCUGGGCAAGGAAUAAAUGGAUCUCGGCUGUUACAUCGCAGCGCGAGAUACUUGCCUCCACGAACUCCCCCUUUCCGUGAGCCUGAACCAAAUUACCAAAUUGUCAACUGCAAGAGAAGCGAAGGUAAAUGUCAAGAAUACUGUAAUUAUAGGGAAUCUCAAGUUGGCUACUGCUCCAGAAAGAAAGAUGCCUGCUACAUGAAGGUUUUGCUAUUCUUCGCUGUUUUCUUCUGCUUGCUCCAAGGAAAGUCAGCGGACGUGCCACCGGGAAUCAGAAACACGGUCUGCCUCCUGCAGCAUGGCCACUGCAGGCUUUUCAUGUGCCGUUCUGGUGAGAAAAAGGGGGACAUCUGCUCUGACCCCUGGAACAGAUGCUGCAUCCCCAGUCUCAUGGAAAACGGGACACAGAAGACUUAGGCUGAAAGAUCUAGGAUGUGGGGUACAAGCUCCUGGAA